CAUUCCGCAAUUUUCCUCCAGCUUCAAGACCCAGCCAGCCAUGCGUCUCUUCAACAUGACCAUUGUGCUUCUUGCGGCCCUCCUCCUUGCAAGUGGCACAGCAGUAUCACAUGACGAUCAGGCUAGUGUGUUGAACGUGGACGUUGUUCACUCCUCGCGUAUUCUCUCUGGCGAGGACAAGAGAUUCCUUCGAAGCCACCAGACGACGGGUGACGAAGGCAAGAUGACCGAGCACGAUAAUGAAGAGAGGCUUGGCGGGGAUAAUUUGUUCUAUGGACUGAAGCUGUCUAAAAUGGGGAAGGAUGCGAAUUACCGCGAUAAGGUGUUCCAGCGCUGGAAAAACUAUGGACAUACCGUGGAUUCGGUAACUGAGAAACGUGUGCCAGAUAGUCUCAUUGACGCGUUCGAAAAAUACCUGGAAUUGCGGAAGAGAACGGGGAAGGUGUUUGGCGAUCGCCGCCCCCUCAUCGAACCACGAUAGGCGGGGGCUCUGUCGAUUCGCUGCUUUCAACGUAUCGGGGAAAUUUGAACGCAGUGCUGAAGAAGAAAAAUCGCCUAUUGUUAGUUGAUAACACAAAUAAAGGUUCUCUUCAAACAGCCACUGUUAAAGAAAAUCUUAUUAAUCCAACAGAACACUAGCUGGAAAAAAUGAACGUUGUAAAUUAUCUUCG